GGGGCGCACCUACCGCCCCUUCCCCGUUGGUCUGUCCCACUCCGGGCCUGGCGGGCUAGGUUGAGUUAGCGGCUCGGACCAUUGCUCACGGCGGGCGGAGGGGGGUGCGGGCGAGGAGGAAGGAGACGACGAAGGAGGCGGAGGGGGGGGGCGGGGGGCGGUUUAAAGAGACAGGAGCCGGGCGGGCGGCCGGCUGGGGGAGCGGGAGCGGCGGCGGGCGGAGACUCGCCCCUUCCCCACACACGCUCGCUCACACCGCGGCCAGGGUCGCCGCCGCCAGCGCCCCCCCCCCUACCCCCCCGCUCCCUUUCCCCUUCGCCCGGCGCUUCCACAGCGGCCUCUAUGAGGUAGAAGGGAGCGGCGGCCACUCCGGGGGCGGCAGCGGCCGCUCCAGCCGCCUCCUCCUCCUCCUUCUCUUCCUCGCCUCAGAGAGCCCCAUCUUUGUGUGUGAGGGAGAGGGCGGGCGGGAGGGAGUGCGCGCUGCCCGCCCGCUGCCGCCGCGCUUUGUUCGGAGCCGGGGGGCCGUGGCGGCGCGGAGCCCCGGCUCUAUGUGCCAGCCGCUGCCCGCGCCCCCACAGCAGCCCGCGGGGGCGGCGGAGGCCGCGCGGCAGGCGGCGGCCUGAGGGGCCGGAGCCCCUGAGGGCGGGCGCGCGGCCGCCCCGGCCCGUGCCCGCGCCCGCGGCCGUGCGGUUGGUGCGGAGCGGGGGAAGGGGCCGGCUCGCUGCCCGCCGGCCCGGCCCGUCUGCGGGCGGAUUGAUGUGGGGGGGUCUGACAUGAGUCCGCCGGCGGCCGGGUGCUGCCAUGUGACCGGCUUCAAGGUGGAGAACUGGAAGCAGAACCUGCGGGCGAUUUACCAGUGCUUCGUGUGGAGCGGCUCGGCCGAGACCAGGAAGCGCAAGGCAAAGUCGUGCAUUUGUCAUAUGUGUGGUGCCCACCUGAACAGACUCCACUCUUGCCUCUACUGUGUCUUCUUUGGCUGUUUUACAAAGAAACAUAUUCACGAGCACGCAAAGACAAAGCGACACAAUUUAGCCAUAGACCUUUUGUAUGGGGGUAUAUACUGCUUUAUGUGUCAAGAUUACAUAUACGACAAAGACAUGGAACAAAUUGCCAAAGAAGAACAACGAAAAGCUUGGAAAUUACAAGGCAUUGGAGAGAAGUAUUCAACAUGGGAGCCAACCAAACGAGAGUUAGAAUUGCUACGACACAACCCCAAGCGGAGAAAAAUAACCACAAACUGCACCAUAGGUCUACGAGGGCUAAUCAAUCUUGGGAACACAUGUUUUAUGAACUGUAUUGUCCAGGCACUUACCCACACUCCACUGCUGCGAGAUUUCUUCCUCUCCGACAGGCACAAAUGUGAAAUGCAAAGCCCCAGCUCAUGUCUGGUCUGUGAAAUGUCUACGCUUUUUCAGGAGUUUUACUCUGGGCACCGAUCUCCUCACAUUCCAUAUAGGUUAUUGCACCUGGUAUGGACUCAUGCACGGCAUUUAGCAGGGUACGAGCAACAAGAUGCACACGAGUUCCUCAUUGCUGCAUUAGAUGUGCUACACAGACACUGCAAAGGUGAUGAUAAUGGGAAGAAGGCCAACAACCCCAACCACUGUAACUGCAUCAUAGACCAAAUCUUCACAGGCGGACUGCAGUCUGAUGUUACCUGUCAGGUCUGCCAUGGCGUUUCCACAACGAUAGACCCAUUUUGGGACAUCAGUUUGGAUUUGCCAGGCUCCUCCACCCCGUUCUGGCCGCUGAGUCCAGGGAGUGAUGGCAGUGUCGUAAAUGGGGAAAGCCAUGUAUCAGGCACCACCACUCUCACAGACUGCUUGCGAAGGUUUACAAGGCCAGAACAUCUAGGAAGCAGUGCCAAAAUCAAAUGUAGUGGUUGCCAUAGCUACCAGGAAUCUACCAAACAACUCACUAUGAAGAAGUUACCCAUCGUGGCCUGUUUUCAUCUCAAACGGUUUGAACACUCAGCCAAACUGAGGCGAAAGAUCACUACGUAUGUCUCGUUUCCGCUGGAGCUGGAUAUGACACCAUUCAUGGCUUCCAGUAAAGAGAGCAGAAUGAACGGGCAAUACCAGCAGCCGACGGAUAGUCUAAACAAUGAUAAUAAGUAUUCCUUGUUUGCAGUAGUUAAUCACCAGGGAACCUUGGAGAGCGGGCACUAUACCAGCUUCAUCCGGCAGCACAAGGACCAGUGGUUCAAGUGUGAUGAUGCCAUUAUCACCAAGGCUAGCAUUAAGGAUGUGCUAGACAGUGAAGGAUAUUUGCUGUUCUAUCACAAACAGUUCCUGGAGUAUGAAUAGCCUUAUCCAGCAGCUUGGCAGAUACAAACAAGGAAGAAAAUAAGCAAGCCUUCUGAAUCGACACACAAACCUACCUGAAAUAAAAAGACCCAUUAAAAACCAACUAGCACUGAGCUGUAACAGGACCUACUUGACACUGACUGAAAGCCUGGCGGAGUAAGGAAUGAACAAUGUUCAACGUGUAUGCAGUCCUGCAAGGACAGAAAGGGGGGAAAAAAAGAGGCUACAGUCAGUCACUUAACAGAGGAAAUAUAAAACGAAAGGAAUGCUCGGGGUGGGGGAAAUGGGAGCAGAGGAGUCCGGGCACUGGUACAUCUCCUAUGUUCCUCCAACAUGUGUGUGGGAAGGCAAAGGGUUCUACCCUCAUCUCCAUAAAGCAUCUUCUCCAUUUGGUGCUUCAGCUCCAACGACCAAUCAUAUAACAGUUAAAAGUUAAAUCCAAGCCCAUUUUUUAUGCAUAUGGGUCUGAAAGCAGUAGAGUGGAGGAGGAGGGGAUGACACAACUAAAGGACUUUGCAAGUAUCUUUUUAUUUGUGAAUUUUAGUUAUUAAAUAAAUACAGUAUGAAACUA